AAAGGGCAGCGCGGCGGCGACGGCGGACUCAGCCCGGCCCCGCUCCGCCGCCUUCUCCCGCACCGCCCGACCCGCCGCAGCCCCGGCCCCACGGCAGCCCCCAUGCCCCGCCUCGGAUCCCAGGUGUCCCUGUUCCGCUGCACCCUGCUCUCGUCCCUCCUCCUCGUCUGCAGCAUCCAUGAGACGGAGCAGAACAGCUACUGCCAGCAGAUCAUCACCGAGCGGCACCUGGACCACCUGCAGGAGCUGGCGGACACGCAGAUGCAGCAGCCGGGCACAGUGUCCUUCAGAUUCAUCAGCAAGAUGCGGCUGAGCGACUCUGUCUGCUACGUGAAAGCCGCCUUCCCUUUGCUGGGCACCAUCCUGAACAGGACGACGUUCAAGGAGAACUCAACAAACGCCAACAAGAUGAAGACGGUGCGCAAGAUGUACGAAAACAUCGAUGAGAACGUGGACCCCUGCAUCAGGGACGAGGAUGACGAGGAGCACGCGCUGUCCGAAAUGUGCUUUGAGGAGUUCACCACGUCCCCCUACGAGAUGCUGGUGCUGGUGAGGCAGUUCUUCCAGGACAUCAAACAGCUGCUGCAGAACAAGGAGACCUUCGAGAAGGACUGCAGCCAGGUGUACCGCAGUGCGUGCGCGGGGCCCCGGCAGCACAGCUCCUCCCCAGGUGUGGGGACAGAUCCUGACUGCAAUUGCCUGUCCCCUGCCCUCCCUUCUGCCACCCAGCCCUCCCUCUCCGCUGCCACCCGUGCCGGCAGGGACGUGGCGCCCGCUAGCACCAGGGUCCCUUACCGCCAGCUCGGUGGCAUCCUGGCUGAGUUAGGCAGCAGUGCCCCGUCCGAGCCCCCCAGUAGCGUGGAGGGCAGCUCGGGGGCCGAGGAACUGCCAGGAGCCGGGCUCGGCGACGCGUCGGCGCCGUCCCCCACCAUGCAGCAGACGCUUGGAGCCCUCCUGGAUCCGGCCGCGAGCGCCGGCCCGAAGGCUGAGGACGUAUCCAUCCCGUCCCACGGGAUGCCGGAGGAGGGCGCCGGGACCCCCGCCCUCCCACAUCGGCUCCCUUCGCCGCGAGGGAUCAGCGCGGCGAUGCCGGCGGCGGUCCCCAGCAGCGGCUCUGCGCAGCGCCGCGGGGUCGGGCGCCGUCCCACCGAGAGCCCCGAGCGGGUCACGCAGCUCCGCUUCUCCAGGAUGGCUCCGCCGUUGCGGGGCCGGGCGGAGGGCGGCCCCGGGGACGGGGCGAGGGCGCGAGGCUGGGGGCUGAGCCGGCUGCGGGAGCCCGAGGACGGCGGGGCCGGACCCAGCUUUGAUUCGAGCUUUGUUCUGAGCGCAGAGCAGCGCAGGAAGGAGCCGCCAGCCGCCAGCGGGGGGCACCGGGAGCUCCUGGUGUACGUCACGGUGGCCAGCGUGGUGGCCGUGCUGCUGGCCAUGGGCGGGCUGCUCUUCUACAAGUAUAAGUCCAAGGUCCUGCAGCGGGGAGCAGCGCUAAAAGAGGGGGGCUGCGACCCCGAGGAGCCGGAGAGCAGGGCGCUGCAGGGAGCGCAGGGCUGCGCGGAGCUGGAGACGCAGGAGCUGUGAGGGCCCCCUGCGGGACGUGAUGCUGCUCGGGGGGACGGACUGGGGACGCUCCUCGCUGGGCGACGGACGGCUGCUGCUCGGCCUCCCCCCGCCGCGAUGACCCCCAGGCCCUGUCCUGCAGCUGCAACCCACGGGUGAGGAUGGCAGGACGGGGCGGUGCAGCCCUGCAGGACCCCGGCGAUGGGGCGGAUGGCACCGAGGGGCUCCACGGGGACGGCGUUGGGUGCCGCGAGUGGAACAUCUCCCCCCACCCAUCCACGGUUCCCGUUGCUCCUCUCCCACCCCUGGCACGGGGGGACCCCCGGCGCCCCAUGGGGGGACCCCUCCCGCAUCCCACCGGUGCCGAGGACCCAACGCCCGGCCUGCAAAGGGGGAAACCCUCACACUGUGAAUAUUUAAGACCCGUGGCGCCGUCCCCAUCCCGCGAUCCCAAGCUGGCCUUGGGAGCUGCCCGGCGCCGCUCUGCGCAGGAAGGCUCUCCACGAACGCGGUGGAUAAACGCUUUUAUCCAACAAAUGCACUUUGGGGGGGGGGGGUUCCCCCCUCCCUGCAGGGUUAUUGCUGCGAGCUGGCCUCGCCCCAGACUGGAUUUUGUUGCUGGAGCACAGCACGGCAAUGGGGCCGUGGCUGCAGUGUGGGGUUUGGGGGCUCAGCGGUACCCGGACUGCGUCCCACCCCACACGGCAUCCCUGCCCAGCGCCGCUCCCGGGGGGUCGGAAGUGUUAUUUUUAUAUUACAUGAGAUGCAAACGGGACGGAGCACAUUGGGGUGUGGUGGGGUUUUGUUUUUUAAAGCAUUAGUAUUGAUUUUGGGGUUUUUUUUUUCUAUGCGUAUUUAUGGACUGCCAAAAAAAGAGGCGUUUCCUGGGGGUGAUGGGGGGGGGGGGGGUGGAAGUGGGGUGCAGAGCCGGGCUGGGGCCGGAGCUGGUGCUGGCUCAGUAUGUGGGGUGUGGGUGAGGGGGGGGGGGGGGGGGGGCAGCUUUUGGAGCUCUUUCUGCCUCUGUUGUCUCAUUUUUUGUACAGUGAAAUGGUGAAAUAUUUUAUACAAAGUCAUUUAAAGAAGUCUAUUUAAGGAAAAUAAUAGAAAACAGCUUGUAUAUUUAAUAUUAUUAAUAAAGAUGGACGUGCA